AUGAGUGAUUACUAUCAGCAAUAUCUGUCCUCAGUGGCGGGGACGUCUGGGGAAUCGCCAAACCAAAACCCCCAAGAUGCCCAAUAUCAGCCUCAACCACCCUCUACACAGAUGGGAAACGUCAGUCCGCCUGUGACAACUCCGUAUCAAAACCUAGGUUACUUUACCGGCUUCCCUGAUCCAAUAAUGUUCCAAGCCCCAAAAGCUCAAAACAGUCGAAAUCGCAAGAAGAGCACGCCUGGGACAGACCAUGUUAAACAUCGUCGAACACGGUCGGGGUGUUAUACCUGCCGAAGCAGACGAGUUAAAUGCGACGAAACCCAUCCUAUUUGUGAACGCUGCCGCAAAGGGAAGAGGGAUUGUGUUUACCCCGAGCCCUCUUCUGCAAGUGCAAGGGGACAAGCUUCUGGGUCAGGAUCAUCGAAGGACACGGCGUCGUUAACUCAAGAGCCUAGCCCAAACUCAUCGCAAGACGAAGCGGACGAAGAAACUGAGAGAACCCUAAGGCUAGAACCAAUUAUCGACGAGGACGAACCUAGCGAGGGACUGUCACCAGCGUCAUAUUCUUUAACGGAAUUACGAAGAACAAGCACGACGUCGAUAUCGAACGCCCAAAGGUCUGGGACAAGACAAAGCUCCGAGACGCCGUCAUAUGACGGUACUAAAAGCGCUUCACCAGCAGUAUCAACGAGCACCUCUGCGAGCUUUACGAUAUCUUUCCAGGUACCUGACCCUGCGUUACAACUGACGGUGUCUCGCCCGGAUUGGUCUCAUCUACCGGCAGACCUGCAAUUUCACCUGCAGUACUACUGCGAAAACAUUACUCACUUUAACUAUGGGAUCAUUAAUGAUCCUGACAGCUUCUUCCGCUUAAUCCUACCUAGCUUGGCCGUGCAGACUGGUAAUGAAGCUCUCUUGAAUGCAGUCGUGGGAUUCUCGGCGUAUCACCGAACGGUUCGAGACCCUAAUGGCAAGAUCCCCGACUUCUUACGGUAUUAUAACAAAAGCGUUACACUACUUCUAAGUUACCUCAAGAGGCGAGAGAAGCAGAGCAUCGCGACGCUGCUUACAAUUUUGCAGCUUGCGACUAUCGAGGAAUACUUCGGCGAUUGGGUGAAUCUUAUGGGACAUCAAAGAGCUGCUUUUGAAAUUUUGACUCAUUUGUUCACACCCCAGACGAUCAUGAACUCUCCUACAUCGCGAAUAUUGUUGACAUGGUACAUCCGAUUCGAUGUUUUCGUCGGAAUGCUGGGAGGGUUCGAAACGAAUUUACCUCGACAAUGGUUCUCAAGCGUGGUCCGAUACUGUCAGGGACAAGUUGAAAAAGAUCCGCAAAACAUAGGGGUGAAAACGGAACUGCAUGCUUCUGCUCUACGACUAAUUUCGAGAGACAUGUCAAUUCUCUACGCAAAAGGUGGCCGAGGUGAAUUUUCGGUUGAAGAGUUUGCUACGGAACACGAUCACAUCACGAAACGCCUUUAUGAAUGGAAGAACACGUUAGAUCCCGCCUUAACUGAUCCGAAUUUUCUCGUAACCGACUUCCAUCACAAGAUUCCACUAAAUGAAGAUAAUAUAGUCGACCCAUACAGGCCAGGCCACCUUUACCGUUUCCCAUUAUUCUCGACUACUAUGCUGACGGCGGAAUGGCAUUCUAUCCUCGUCAUGCACAAGAGCCAGGAGGCGUUUGCAUUGCAACAAAAACCGUCAGAGGAACUAAACACCUUGGCACAUAAUAUAUGUGAAAUAUUCGAAGGGGUACAAUUAUGGCCCUCGGCGCCCAAUGGCGCCCUCAUCCCGAUCCAGGCCUGCCUUGCCAUAGCAGCGCUGUUCCUCCCCCGAGAGAAUAGAUAUCACAUGUGGCUAAGAAGGAAAUAUGCAUUGCUAGAGUCAUUGGGGUACAUUUUCCCACUUACCAUACGAACUCGAAUGGCAGAAAUAUUUCGCGACCCUUCCUGUAUACAAUGGUGGCUCCCGAACGAUGAAGGGUUGAGCCCUGUUCUCCGAAGCAUUCGGGCUUUUGCGGACGAGCGCAACGCGAAUCCCGUUUCUCAACAGACAGAAUCCCUCCGAGAAAUGAGUUCCAUCUUCGCGAAAAUGCGUAUCGAUCACGAAGGGGAAGGGAUUUCUUCACCUGGUGGAUCAAAUAGCGGCACCUCGUCACUCUAG